AUGUCAACCCUGAAAAUCACCAAAAAGCACCAAAAACAUUUCAACAACCCCUUCCCUUCCACCCCAAGAUCUCUCCCUUUCAUGCAUGGCAAUCUCAUCAUUCAUUCCCCUACACUGCCUCCCCUCAAAAUCUUCUCAUUCGGGAAGGAUUUCCAGAUGCUUUGGAGCACCUCAAAUGGUGGGUAUGUCUCAAUUUCUCACAAAUCUCUACCCUCAAAAUCAAUAUGGUCCACGAUCCCCGGACAGGCAUUUAUAUCGGCCGCCAUGGCCGACACAGAAGUGGAAGAAAGCAGGGGAUCUUUUAUCGUCAAAGACAGAGACGUUCACUUUCACUGUGAUCGACAAACUAUUGAAGAUAUAGCUUUGAUCAGUUCAUCUGACGAUGAUUUUCUAUCUGAUUAUAUGGAGUUUGAUCACAUGAACACAAAAAAUCCAGAAUUUGAACAGUCCCCUGUUUUAGUCAUAAGAGGCCAUAUUUUUAGCAACGGGAAAAAGAAGAGGCCUCAAUGUUCAACAAGAUACUGCGUCUUGUUUGAUCAAAAGAAUAGUAACCAAAUUGGGUUCCAAGUCAAAAUCGGACAACCAAAAUUUGAGCAUUAUCAACAUCGGAAUGUUUCGGGAAAGUACCGGCGUUUGAGGAUGUAUCGGAAACUGGGAUUGUUGUGGUUCUUUAUGAGGAGAAAAGGGUCGGCGAGAGCUACUCCAUCGGAGGAGGAACAAAGAGAGCCGAUUGUUGGUGAAGGUAGAGUAGCGGAAUUCAACAGGGUUAUUUUCUGCUAUGCAAGUGAAGCAAAUGAAAGAUUUUUCGGUUUCGGAGAGCAGUUUUCCCACAUGGAUUUCAAGGGUAAAAGGGUGCCCAUUUUGGUUCAAGAACAAGGCAUUGGAAGAGGAGACCAACCCAUCACUUUUGCAGCAAACUUGGUUAGCUACCGAGCUGGUGGAGAUUGGAGUACUACUUAUGCUCCUUCACCAUUUUAUAUGACAUCUGAGAUGAGGUCUCUUUACUUGGAAGGCUACAACUAUUCUGUAUUUGAUCUCACACAACAUGAUAAGGUCCAACUGCAGGUACACGGAAAUACAGUGGAAGGGAGGAUAAUACAUGGGAGCUCACCAUUGGAGAUCAUUGAACAUUUCACAGAAGCUAUUGGGAGACCACCUGAGCUGCCUGAAUGGAUGAUAUCCGGAGCAGUGGUUGGCAUGCAAGGCGGAACCCAAACUGUACGCUCUAUUUGGGAUAAACUCAUGACCUAUAAGGUUCCCAUUUCAUCAUUUUGGUUGCAGGACUGGGUGGGGCAAAGAGAGACAUUGAUUGGAUCACAAUUAUGGUGGAACUGGGAAGUUGACACAACAAGGUACCCAGGAUGGCAACAGCUAGUUAAAGAUCUUAACACACACAACAUCAAAAUGAUGGCAUAUUGCAAUCCUUGUUUAGCACUGAUGGAUGAGAAGCCGAGCAAAAGGAGGAAUCUCUUUGAGGAAGCAAAAGAGCUGGGGAUUUUGGUGAAAGAUAAGCACGGAGAACCGUACAUGGUUCCGAACACGGCCUUUGAAGUGGGAAUGUUGGACUUGACACAUCCACUUACUGCAAUUUGGUUCAAGCAUAUUUUGCAAGAAAUGGUGGACGAAGGAGUCAGAGGAUGGAUGGCUGAUUUUGGUGAAGGCUUGCCAUUGGAUGCUGUACUCUAUUCAGGUGAAGAUCCUAUUUCUGCCCACAAUAAAUACCCCGAACUAUGGGCUCGAAUAAAUCGUGAAUUUGUCAACGAAUGGAAGAACCGACACGCUGUAAAGGAGGGAGAAGACCCGGAACAAGAAGAGAGUUUAGUGUUCUUCAUGAGGGCUGGUUUCAGAGAUAGUCCAAAGUGGGGGAUGCUGUUUUGGGAAGGUGACCAGAUGGUAAGCUGGCAAGCCAAUGAUGGGAUAAAGAGCUGUGUUGUCGGCCUUUUGAGUAGUGGACUUUCUGGCUUUGCUUUUAACCACAGUGAUAUCGGAGGCUACUGUACCAUAAAUUUACCGAUCAUCAAGUACCGUCGAAGCGAAGAGUUGCUUCUGAGAUGGAUGGAGCUGAACGCAUUCACCGUAGUUUUUCGAACUCAUGAGGGAAACAAACCUUCAUGUAACAGUCAAUUUUACUCCAAUGAUAAAACCCUAUCACAUUUUGCACGCAUGGCUAAAGUGUACAAAGCCUGGAAGUUUUACAGGAUCCAACUGGUGAAGGAAGGAGCCGAGAAGGGGUUGCCGAUCUGCCGACACCUAUUUCUUCACUACCCGGGCGAUGAACGGGUUCAAAGGUUGAGUUACCAACAAUUCAUGGUGGGGAGUGAAAUCCUAGUGGUUCCUGUCCUUGACAAGGGAAAGAAGAAUGUCAAAGCUUACUUCCCAAUUGGAGAAACUUGUAUUUGGCAGCAUAUCUGGACAGGACAACAAUACCAUAAACAAGGCUCUGAAGCUUUUGUUGGAGCUCCCAUAGGCUACCCUGCUGUUUUUGUCAAGGUUGGCUCUACGGUUGGAGACAUUUUUCUAAAAAACCUAAGAAAUCUUGAUAUUCUUUAAGCCAAAAAAUAUUAUUAAAGAAGCCAUUAUUCAAUUAAUUUAGAUGUUUACAUUGUUAUUUUGUUGUACAAAUUUAAGAGUCUUC